AUGGCGCACGUAGUAAAGCAUAUUACGGUGGUUCCUAGUUACAAGGCAAGAACAAUUUCAGUUACAUCUUAUUAGUUUAUGUAAUGCUAGAACGCAUAGUAGUAUAAACAGCUAAAUCAUAGAAUGUGGAUCAAAGCUAAUGUACCUGAUCACGUUGCUGGUCUCAUCAGUACUAAACUGUACAGCUGAUAAAACAAACAAAACUCUCAAUGACUCUCAAAUCAGACUGAACUGGCAUCAGUAUCAGCAUGAUCAGUUGACCUAGCCAGCCAACUCCUGGUCUAACCUAGCUGCUACCACCCGUUUUAUUUUUUUAUUAAAAUUAAAGGGCUUAAAAGAGGUUGGCAUAGUAGACUAUCUUGAGGGUAGACCUACAUCCAAUUAUCCAAUCAAAGAGAUUAGAGAGCAAACUGAACUAAACAGCAGCUGACUUGAAAGUUUGUUAAUGAAUGGCCAUGGCAAAUGUUUAGUUUACGGCCCCCAUGGAUAGGAGUUUUGACAAGAUUUGUCCCACCCUAAUGCCUAAUUAAGACAAAAAUAGCAAAGUUGGAAUUGUUAAUUAAGUUUAAAAUUUAUGAAAUGUAUUCAAAAUUAACAAUUAUGUAGGUACUUGGAUAUGAGGCUAUUUUGACACUAUCACAGCCCAUAGGGUUUUGGGACGCUUUUUUGUGUGUGCUGGAUGAUAGGGUUCACUAAAAAAUUAUUUUUUCACGCUAGAAUCGUCGGAUCAACGAACAAAGUACUGUUCUAGUUAUGUUAAUGAACAGGCUUUAACGACAUCCAUUUUGUGUAAUACUAUCAGUAGGUAUUUUAAAAGACGCACGCGCAUCCCUUCUGCGCAGUCGAAAAAUCACGGAAAAACUUGAGCUGCAAUAUAGCUAUACGGCAUAGCGAGGGUGUCGUUUUUUUGCGUUGUACGUCACUGUUUCCUAAUAAUAGUAUUUAAAUUAUCGGUGACGUAGAGCACAUAUUUUUCCAAACAUGUGAAUACCAUAUUUGCAGCAUUUAGAAUCUUGUGACCGGUAACGCAUUUAAUUUUUCAUCGGUAUGCACGUUAAUUGCUUAUUACUUUUUAAUGUAAAACUCAAACACAUAGUGGUUUAGCUCAAUACUGCUUCAUUCAUUCACACAGUUUAAUAACUUUACUUCAUUAAAAUUAGCCCAAACGCACAAAAGUUAUGCCAAUUCAACUGGAAGGUGUAAUAAAAUAAAAUUGUUAGUAGUCACCCGAGUUUUACUGUUGUACUACUUUCAAUAAUAUUGUAAAACAGUUUUCACUGUAAUUAACUAAUUAGUCUACCACGGAUUAUCAAAAAGAUGAACUAUAAUGAAUAAAUGAAAAUAUCUUUAAGUUAAAUUGGUAAUAACAACCAUUUCCGACAACCCACUUUUUUUUGUGAGGGGGGAUGACUUACAAUAUUAUUGAAAGUAGUACAACUUAAUAAAUUAAAUAAUUUUAAAUAAUUGUAGUUCGUGUAGUCCGGUGAAUUUCGGACUUGUUUUGUCCCUUGAUUUAUAUAAUCAUUAUAUGUAGUAGUAGUAAUACUACUACUAUAAUAUAUAAUGCUAGUUAUUAGUGGCAUUUAUAAAUUAUAAUUAAUGAUAAUAACAAAAUAAAAGCAGUUGCUACCACUAUUAAAAAUAUACUACUAUCAAUUGUAAUUCCAAUAAAAUAUGGUAAUGCAUUAUAAAAUUAUUUUUUUUUCGUGCAUAUGAUAUAUUUUUUGUGAAAAUUGCGUCACUGUGACUUGUUUAAAAUUAAAAUUAGAUAACCUAUGAAUUAGUCUAUAACAAGUUUAUUAAAAUAAAUAAAUAAAUAAGACUCUACAUCAUCAUAGUAAUUAUAUCAAACUAGGACAGAGGCAUAAGAAAAUGUUAACAUUUAUAUCAACAAUAAUAUAUUUCUAAUUAAAUAAACAAAACAAAAAAAGGAAAUAAAUUUAAUAAAAACAUCACUUGAAUAAUAUUAAAAAGAAACUAAAAAUUGUAUAGAUUCAGAAUUAUGAUUAGUAUUUAAUGUUAGGCUUCUUUUGGGUGGAAGAGAAAAUUUUACAUUUCUGUUGCAAACUUUGGAAUUCCUUCCAUGGCCCAUAUCCAAUAAGGCGGAAUGUUUGGAUGCAGAUGGCGGCGACAAAGUUUAUGAAGGAAAAAUGUGUGGGUUUCAUCAACAAGACAAAGAAGUCACUGUAGGGCAUUCUACCCGGAAAAUGGCAGGCAGAAGAUCCCCAUUACCUUUAAAUAUUUAAUGACAUACUCCGAUAAGGGUAUGCUUGUAAUUAGUUUUAUGGGUGAUAUUAGUAUUUGUUAUAUAUAAUUACAUGCGUUCAAUUUUAUAUAUAAAAAAAGACUACUUACCUUUUUAUAAAUAUAAUGAUUUAAAAUUUAACACAAGCAUAAUAAAAUUAGUUAAAAUUCAAUAAACAUGUUAUUUUUUUCAAUUUUUCCUGUAUAAAUAAUGAUUUUCCCAAUUUUUCUGUUCACUUUUUUCUGAACAUACCCUCGAUUAAAUAUAUAAAAAAAUAAAAGUCUUGAUGUUAUAUAAAAGUUUUGUUGUUUAUUGUGUUGUAUAUUGCAUUGAGAAUGUCUCCUGAAAGUUUGGUAGCAUUAUCUUUUAAAAUAAAAAAGUUGUGGACAAAAUAAAGCAGAAAUGUGGAAAGUUGGUCACAAGUUUUUUCGUUAAAUACAAAGAUAAAUAAAGGGGUUAAAAAAUUCACAAAAAAAAUCAUAACUUUUUUUCCAUAAAAGAUAGAAAGAUGAAAUUGGUGUUUUUGCAAAGCUUAUAGCGAGCCCUUUAAAAUGGUGUAUCAUUUGUGGCUAUUGGACAAUAUUUAAAAUGUGUGUCAAAGUACCUACUAUCAGUAUGUCGUAAAUUUAAAAAAAUGUGAGAAAGCUGCUAAGUCUAAUUUAUCAAUAUUUUGAAAACUAUUCGUUGUCCCAUUUUAAAUUGAUCUGAUGUACACUCCGCUAUAAAGUUAUGAGCCUUUUCGUAAAAAUUUUUGGAAAGUGGUCACGAAUCUCUAUGUUAAAAAAAUAACUUUUUAACCAAAAGUGCUAAAUGAAAACAUAUUAUUACUUCAUUUAACAAGGGCUAUCUUACAAUUGUGUUCAUUUCUUAAACUUAAUUCAUUCAAUUUGAAAAUGUUAUCCAAGUACCUAACUUAUGGCUAGGGCGCCUAGGGGCUAAAUAUUUAGCCUACUUUUAUUAAGUUCCACAUUCCUAUGCCAAAUUAUUUGGCAAAUCAUAAAAAUGAAUACUACAAAUGCCUUGUCCCUAUAAUUAAACAUUUCUUUUAAGUUUAAGGAUGACACAAUUUAUUAAAAUAAUCACAGGGUAUAUAUAGGCCUACAGAGAAAAAAAAAACAAUGGCCAUUGCAGAGGCUUACCCAGGACAUAGCGUUAUAGCGCCAACUGAAAGAACAAAAUUUGCUCUUCUUUGCCUUUACUUUCAAGCUAAAUAAUUUUAAUUUUACUUAAUAAAGAUUUACCAUUAUUAAGUAUAACAGGAUAACAAUGUUCGAUGAUUAGUGUGCAGCAUUUUAGCUUAUUCAAUACAAGUAAAAUAACUUAUAGAAAUAAUAAUUUUAAUAACACUAACAAUACUGUUCAAUACAAUCAAUACAGAACUAAUAAAGUUAAUAGUUUUGAUUAGAAAAUUAGAUUAGUCUAGGCCUUUAUUAUUAGUAUGAUUAUUUAUAAAAUUUUGAAUUUACUUUCAGGAUUUUGUGGACAUUGUUUUAUCCAGAACUCAAAGAAAAACACCUACAGUUAUACACAAGCAUUACAAGAUAUCCAGAAUAAGAGAUUUUUAUAUGCGAAAAGUCAAAUAUACCCAGCAAACUUUUCAUGAUAAACUAACUCUGAUUAUCUCAGAAUUUCCAAUAAUUUCAGUAAGUAUUUGGAUUUUUUUAAAAAAUAUGCUACAUAUAGUUAGUUAUAAUACUUGAUAUCCGAGAUAUAUAUAUAUAUAUAUAUAUUAUAGUAAUGUCUCGAAUAUUGCAGCGGGCGUGUACCCGGUGGAAAAACCGUGAAUAAGAAUUUUUUAUAUAUAUUUUUAUGCUUACUAAACCCUUCACUCUUUUUUUAACCUUCCCCACAAUUUUAUUUAUCUUUUCAACAUUCUUAAAAACACUUCCUUUGCUCUAAAACACCUUAGAUUACAUUAGGAUAUUCUCUUAAAUAUAUGUAAGAGAAUAAUAAAAAAAAUAUUAGAUUGUUUGUGGGUGCUUUAUGGUAUGUUGCUUAUUUCAAUUUAAUAUUAUUUUAAUUAGUUUUAAUUACAUUUAUUUAUUUUUCUACUUUUUAGGCUAGAAAAUACUUAUUUUACAGCAAAAAUAUUAAUUGUAAAUAUUAUUUUCAUACAUUUGCAUGUCUCUUACGCUAUGUAAUUUCAAAAUAUUUAUACGAAGUUGGCAACAUUUAAUGAUUUGGGGGGGGGGGGGGGUUUCUUUUUCCGAACCCAACAAUUUCAAUUAUUUUUGGGUAAAGGUUUAAAUUUUUUAAUUUUGAUAAAGUUUAAAUCUUUUAAAUUUUAGAAUCUCCACCCUUUCUAUGCCACAUUGAUGAAUGUGCUUUACAACACUGAUCAUUACAAGUUGGCUCUUGGUGGCAUUAACAAAGCCCGGCAGCUCAUUGAUGAGUAAGUUUUAUAUCAAAUUUACUCACUUUGCGUUACAGAAAAUGGUAUGUACAAGAAAGUAUUAAUUACAUCAGUAUUCUCCUUAAAAAUGUUAAUAAUUAGUCAGCAAUUUAAUAUUUCGUGUUGUAAUAGAAUGAAAUUUUUAUGGUUUCACUUCAGUUUCUUGUCACAAUUUAUCACCAAAUUCUAUGUAUUUUGUGCAUUCCACAGUUGUGCAAAAGACCAUGUGAAGCUGUUGAAAUAUGGAGACUCACUCUACAGAUGCAAGUGCCUCAAAAGAGCUGCCCUUGGACGGUGAAAUUACCUCUUUUUUUGCCUUUUUUUCAGUACUUCCCUCUCCAAUGAUUAUAACGGUAACUUAACCUACCAUAUGAACACAACUAUGCAGGCUAUAAAGUAAUGCGUGUGGGCUUCGUUAUACAUAGGGUUGAAAAAUAAUCAAUGUGCCGUUUUUAAGUUAAUCAUAAUUUAUCUUGGUUUUUUUUUUUUAAUCUGCUUCAUUUUCAGAAUGGUAACAAUAUUAAAAGGGCAAGCCAAAAAUCUGUUGUACCUGGAAGAAAUCAGACAACACAUUAAUCGUCUCCCAACUAUUGAUCCUAAUACCAGAACGUUGCUGAUAACAGGAUUUCCUAAUGUGGGAAAGUCUUCUUUUAUUAACAAGGUAUAUUGUCUUUAUAAAUUAUUUUCGAUUUAGACUUAUCUUGAGUUAAGAAUUUACAGGUAUCUCAUUUGUAAUUGCAGUGAAGUAAUUUUUGCAUGUAUAAAUUCUUUGAGUCGUAUACCGCAAAUACCCACUAUGACAACCCCAAUCUAAGGAUGCAACCUAACUAUACACCAUUAAAUACAGCAGUUUAUAUGAUUUUUAUUUUCUUUUACAAAGUACAUUUUAAUACUUGUUAAUUUUUUUAUGUAACAGAUCUCACGGGCUGAUGUUGAAGUUCAACCAUAUGCAUUUACUACCAAGUCUUUAUAUGUUGGUCACACAGAUUACAAAUACUUGCGUUGGCAGGUAUGUAUAAGUUUUAAUUUACUUUAUACUGUCACAUAAAUAGCUUCAUUACAUGGACUGAUGGGUUUCUUUAUCAUUUUUUUUUUUUUUUUUUUGGUUAGAAUAAAAUUAGGUUUUAUGUUCUAAAUGCUUCAUUUAACACAAGAACAACAUUCAUUAAUAAUUUAAGCAUUAGUCCUCUUUUUCUGUUUCUCUUGUAAUUUUUUUUUUUUUUUUUUUUUUUUUUUUUAUUUUAUUUUUUUUUUUUUUUUAUUUUUUUUUUUUCAUGGGCUGGUGGGUUUUUUUUUUAUUUUUUUUUUUUUUUUUGUGGUUAGAAUAAAAUUAGGUUUUAUGUUCUAAAUGCUUCAUUUAACACAAGCACAACAUUCAUUAAUAAUAUAAGCAUUAGUCCUCUUUUUCUGUUUCUCAUGUAAUCAGCAUUUUUUGUGAAAAUUGAAAUCGAUGGUCUUUAAAAUAAAAUACAUUUGUAGGUCAUUGAUACACCUGGCAUACUUGAUCAUCCAAUUGAAGAAAGAAAUUCUAUUGAAAUGCAAGCUGUAGCUGCCCUCAUUCAUAUACGUGCUGUUGUCUUACAUAUUGUUGAUAUCUCAGAACAAUGCGGACACACACUGGAAGAACAGGUAUCUUUUUUUUCAAUGUAGAGGAUAUUUAAUAAAAUAACAGGUUUUAUUGAAAUUAUUAUAAUUAAUUGUAUCAGAUUUUCAUGAAGUUUGACUUAUUCAUUUAAUCAAAUUUUUAGUUGGUUGUGACUUAAUCCAUUCAACCCUGUAAAGGCAAAAUCCGUUCUGUAUAGAAAGCACCAUUUUUUAAAUUUUAUACAUGGGACGAGGAGUAUUCAUUAUUUUAAUAGCAGAUUUAUUUUUUAUUGUUCUGCUCAUGAUGACAGACCUGUUUACUCUUACGAUUUUGGCGUACAUUGUAUGAUUUUGAGGUGUAUACAUUAUAUAUACUGUAUGUUUAUUUUUUUACUAUUAAGAUAAUGUAUCGAAUGAUUUUGUGAUGUCAUUGUACGAUUUUAAGUGUUUGAGGGUAAACAGGUCUGUGAUUAGUCCAAUGCUGUGCUAUAGUUUGACAUUUUGAAUAAAUUUAUUGCUGAUAAAUACAUGACAAAAUUGAUUUGUUUUACUUUUUUUUUUCCCCCAAACCUAUGGGCAGUAACUGUUUCAAUUGAUAAAAUGCUUAGCGUCCAGGAUUGAAUGGGUUAAAAAAUCAUUUUUAAAAAAGACAAACAAAUGUGCCCAUUAUUUUUCUAAGUUUUGUUACAUGUGUACUCAUCUCAUAGAUACAUGGUUGCUUAUUUUGUUACAGAACAUCUAUUUCAACCUGUUUCAUCAUAUGACAUAAGAUAUAUAAUAAUUAAAACCACAACAUUUCAGUGAUAAAUAUCAUAUGAAAUACUUUUAUUUUAGAUUGUUAUAAUUAUAUUAUUUCAAUCUAAUGCUCACAGAUAUCUAUUAAACUUCAAUUGUUUUCAUGUACAAAAACUAAACAGCACUGACAUACUACUAUCGUGUCAAUUCUUAUUUUCUGCAUAUAAAUUGGUUUCAUUUUAGCUUGCCUUGUACAGAAAUAUCAAGCCUUCCUUCAGUAAUAGGCCAAUCAUUAUAGUCAUCAACAAAAUUGAUGUUAUCAAGCCUGAAGAACUACCUGAAGAGAAGAAAGUAAGUUUAAGCCAGAUCCACACCGAUUAACAUGGUGUGAAUUAGCCAGAUCCACACCGAUUAACAUGGUGUGAAUUCCUUCAUAUAGUCAUUUCUCAAGAAGUGUCAAACGUGGGAGUAAUUUCUUUGAAUAUUUUCUAUAAAGACAAGUACAUGUAAUGCUAGCAAUGAACAAUGAAGUAAAUGGAAAUUCUCCCAACUAAGCUUAGCACUCUUUUGCUCAUUUUGACUUGUAUUAAUUUUUCUUGUAAAUUAAACUCUGUUAAAAUUGUCUUUGUACUAUUUUCUCUUAUAUAAAAUAUGAUUUCUGAUUUUCUCCAUUGUCAGAAAGUUAUUGCUGAGUUUCAAGCAGAAGGAGAACCUGUGUUGGAGAUGAGUACACUGACAGAAGAAGGUGUAAUGGCUGUGAAAAUUGAAGUAAGGAUCUUAACUACUAUUUUACAGGUUAACUUAAAAUUUUAAUCCAAAACUGAUAUAUUUCAUUUCAUAUGCCAAGGAACUUAUGCUUGCAUCUUUUAUUUUAGGCAUGUGAACGUUUGCUAACUUUCCGUGUUGAGCAGAAAAUGAAGACAAACAAGGUGGCAAAUGUAGCAAACAGACUGCAUGUGGCUGUGCCUAAGAAAAGGGAUGACAAGGUAUUUAUCAAUUUAAGAUUAAGACCUUAAAAAAAUUUUAAUUCCCCGACAAUUUCACUUGGCAACUAUAUUCUUUUUAUGAUUAAAUGUUAUAUAGUAAAUUCUAUUUCUCAACAGGAACGGCCACCGGUAGUAAUUAAAAAGAAACAGGCAAUGGUUAUAGAUGGAGAAAGUCGUAAAUUGGUAAGUAUUUGUAGUUGUUAAUUAUCAUUUUAAUAUGAUGUGAAGUUAGUUCCUUAAGAUAUGUGAAAAUUUAUAAAGACUGCUAGUUUGGAGUAUGCAAAAAAUAUUACGAUUAGUAGUCUGUUCUCAUAUUUUUUUUAUGAUUUACAAAUAUUUACAUAUUUUAUUCCCAUAUGUUUAUUUACGUUAGGAAAGAGAUAUUGAACAAGAAAUGGGAGAUGACUAUAUUCUGGAUUUAAGAAGUAAGCUGGUUUUUUUGACGUCAUAAAUCUAUAACAAAUCUGUAUGUACCUGUAACGUAAUAUUUCACUAAUAACUAUACUUCCUGAACAUUAACAAUAAUUGCUAUGAACUGCAGCAGUCUUUGUUUAAACUUUACAAAUAAAAAUUAGAAUCAGCAUACAUAUAUGUGUCGGGUGUGAUAUUUGACAGAAGCUCUUGUGUACUUGAACAAUAUUAGUGAUGAAAUGGCUUUUCUGGCUUUCAUUUGUUUUCUUUUUUAAUUUCCAUACUGAUAGAUUUUAAUUUUUUUUAACUAAAGUAUGUGUUUUAAUUUUUCUAGGACUUCACCAUGCUAUAAUUUCAAAUUCUUCAUCCAAUACAAUGUAUAAUAAUUAUUAUUGUGAUAAAUAAAGAGAAUUUUUAAGAGAUCAAGGUAGGCUCUUUUUCUUCCUGAAUUUGAGGAUGAUACUACUAAACAUAUUACUAAAGACUGUAUUUGGGUUAUGUUCAAAUUUACCAGAAACAUGGAUGUUGCAAAAUGAGGAUGAAAAGUAUGAUGUCAUACCAGAGAUUUGGCAUGGCAAAAAUGUGGCAGAUUACAUUGAUCCUGGAAUUAUGGAGGUAACAAAUUAUUUCUUUAACCACGUUCGUGUGCUUAAUUGGAAUCUUGUGUGUAUAUUGACUUUGAUUUGAGAUUGUCAUAUGCUUAUUAUACAAAAAUGAUCUCUUCCUUAUGCAAUUAUAGUUUUAGUUAAGGAAAACAGUACCUGUACUUUUCUUGUAAUUUACAAAUAAAGCUGAUUUCUUGGUUUCACAGAGUCUGAAAGCUUUGGAGGAAGAAGAGGAGGCCAGAGAUAAUGCCCAUUACUACAGCAUGGAUGAAAGUGAAGAAGAUGAAGAGACACGAGAGAUGAGAAAAGUUGCAAGAAAGUAAGUCGUACAUUCAUCCUUUUUGACUCAUGGGAAUGCAGGGUUUUCUAAAUGAUAAAUUAUGGAAUCAACAGCUGGUCCUUAAAACUUCAUCUGUACAGAAAAGCAACCUUUGGCAAGAUCCACACCAAUUAGAUUAGAUUUUUGCUUUGUUUGAAGAGUUUUUGGACAGCAUUUUCCCAUGUUUUGUAACUUCCGUUGAUGGAUAUUGUGAAGGGCUUGGUUUAGAAUCUACAUUAUAUAAUAAAAAUUGGAUAAUGUAAUGAGGUCAUGAAAUCUUCAAUUAUAGUGAGUAAACAACAAAGCCUGCUUUAUGUAGGGGCUAUCUGAAUGAAUUUUACUCUACCAGGUUAUUCACAAUUUAAAUAUUAGUACACAUAGUGUUAGCAGGCUCAUUUUUAUGCAGUGUAUCAUAAUCGGUGCAUCAAAUGUAUCACUUUUAAUUCAAUCAUUGUUGGACCUUAAUAUCUUAAGUUCUUCCCAAUAAGGUCAGUUGCAUGUGGUAGAUUUUCAACUUAAUUUACAUUUAACUUUAAAUUAUAUGAUUAUUUUUUUCCUUUAAGGAUUCGCGAAAAGCGUACUAUCCUCACUAUUGAGUCAGGAGAGAAAAGAAGAGUUGAAAAGUCUAGAAUGCCCCGACCAGUCAAAAGGAGCAGGAGUGUUGCCCAGCUGGAGAAAGAUCUUGAUGAAAUGGGAGUGGAAAUUCCUAAAAAUGCAGAUGUAUGUCAACAAAUUUUAACACAUAUAAAUUUAAUAAUUUGAGGUGAAACUUAAUGUUCUCGUGAUACUUGAUGAAUAAUGAGGAUAGAGCAUAUAUGUAUAGUAUUUUUCAUAAAUUUGUUUCAUUUCUAUAGAGCCACUAUGUUAGAGCUAAGAGCAGGUCAUCUAGUCGUCCUAAGAGCAGGUCAUCUAGUCGUCCUCCAUUGAAGCGGGCACGUGAUCAGUCAGAAGGUGCUGUCACUAGAAGUAAAUCUCGUCCACCUAGGGAUAGAUCGGGAUUGAGAGAUAAUGCUGUAAGUUUUCAUAGUAGUUGUCACUGUUUAGUUUAACUAAUAAGUAUGGUAUUUUGAUCUUAGUGCAAAUAUAUUUUUAUCGAUGUACUGGUUGCUCAAAGUCUGAGGCAGUACCAAUAAUAGUAGCAAAGUAGUUUAUUUGAACUUCUAAGCACACUUAAAUUUUUUUACAUAGUAAUUUAUUUUUUUAAAUGCUUAUUUAAUUCUUAUUUUUACAGAUGAUUAGAAAGGUUAAGAAAAUGGCCAAGAAGGCUCAAAAGCCACGAAACCACCAAGCUAAGAAGGGAGAAGGAGAUCGUGUCAUUCUCAACAUGAAGCCCAAACAUUUAUUCUCAGGGAAACGAAAGGCUGGAAAAACAGACAGACGUUAAAUUACUUUCAUCUAUUUUAUUAUUGGUAUAUAUUGAUUUUGGGGAAGAAAUAAACUUUAUAACCUCCUGCUUGGACUGCGUUAGUUCCUGUGUUUAACAUUUUCAAGUCUUAAAUGUAAUCAAUAUUAAUUUGUCUUUACAGUAAAUUUAAUCAAUAUUGAUUUGUCUUUAUGGUUAAACUAGCUAUGAAAUGGUUAGGAAGAUGGUCAGAGAAAGUUCAAUAUAUUUAUAAGUAUAUCAUAGGCUCCCAAGCCAUGGGUAGAUUCCCUGUGUUUGUGUUUUUAAUCCGGAAGUAAAUACCUCUGGAAGUUAAUUUUCAAUGCCUGUUGAUGCAAUAAAACUUGAAUUCUUGAGAAUAAUAUGAGGUGGACUUUAACUAACACCCACCAACAUAUUUUAACGUUUUUUUAACAGUGCAACUUUGCACUAAGUGUUAUUUGAAAUUAACUUUAAAAAAUAUGCCUUUCACCCAUACAAAAAAGUAAUGGGGAUGCUCCUUACCAUGCCUCCAUAAAAGGGGUCCAGACUCAAGUUAUGUUCUUGUCCUAUAUAUCUUUAAUUUAAAUUAUAUUCCUUUAAAAAUAAUUUUAACCAUCCUACCCUUGAGCCGAAUAAUAUAAGAUGGUUGAUGCUUUGAGCAUGUGAUGAUGAAGUACAUUAUUAUAAUGAUCUGCUUACUUGGCCAUAGUAUUGAAAGAAACAAUACUGCUACAUUCAAAUAAAUUUUUGUGGAAAAAAUGUUAGUUCUUAAUUAUUUUUUUUCUCAAGUCCCAUUGUUUUGUCAGGUGCCCAGUUUGUUUACCUACAAUUAGUAUUAGAAAUGGACUUGCUGUAAUAUCUAAAUAGCACAAUUUAAAACUUGAGGGACUCAUCAGUUUGCAAACUAUAUUUUCUGAAUGCUUCAAAUUUUGUGUUGUUUUCACUACUAAUUACAAUAGCAAGAAUUCUUUUUAACCAUUCUGACCAGGGUCAAAACUGAUCUAUUCAUUUUUAGCAGUUUCAUCUUAACACUCCUCACAGUUGCAACAAAAAUUUUAUCCAAUUGUCAAUGUUGCUAAUGCCUCAAAUCCCAAAAAUGACAUGUAAAAUAUCUAUUAUGUACAUUAUUGCAUAAUAACAUGAUCCACGCAUCAUGCGAAAACUUUGUUAAAAAAGCCCCAAAAUGCUUUGUACUCUAUCAUGCGAUCUGUUGACCUUGUCUCUUGUCC